AUGAGUGUAAGAACUUGCCUGAUACUGUGGAAUGAGAAAAUUAAUACAUCCGACUAUAAAUGCGAUAGAGUUAAAGGAGUGCAUUCAACUAUUAAAAGUUGUAUACUAACACAAAUAUAUGAUUUUCAUGAUGAUCAAAAUUAUAUAAUAAAUGAGUUAAAAAAUAAAAAAAGUGAAAUAUCAAAGUAUGAUGACUAUCUUAAUGAGAAAUGGAAAAGAAUAUAUGAGUAUUCAAAAUCUAAUACUAUAAAUGAAAACAUAAUUAUAACAUAUUUAGGAAAAAAACAGAGUAUUCAAAGUAACCAUUUGCCUUUGCAAUAUAAUUUUCUAAAAGAUAUAAAUUAUAAUACUCACAGAAAUAGUAAUUUAACAGUUUCUAUUGAAAAAUUAACUCAAAGCAAUGAGCAUAAUUAUUCACACACAAAUAUUACUACAAGCAAUGGAAGAAACUCUGGAAAUAAUUAUGUAUUAGAGGAUCAAGAAAUUCAAAAAGAACAUAAUAUAAAUAACAAAUUUUUAAUUAAUAAAAUACUCAUUGUAAUGUUUAUUAUAUUGGGGAUUAUUAACAAGUGUUUUAUGUUAUACAAAUUUAGUCAUCUUGUUAAUUGGAUGCAUAGGAAAAUAAAAAGAAUGAGAAAUUUGCAAACACUUAUGCGCAAAUAUGCGAAUGAUUCAUUAUUAUCGAAUAUAGAUAAAAAUAAAAUUAAUAUAGCAUAUCGCUCAUUCGAAAGUAUUCAUAAAAAUUACAUUUGA